CUUUCAUCCAUCUCAUCAACGCGGUCCAGACACCUAGGUGCAAACACACGCAGAGCCAUCUUCAAGGCCACAUACUUUGAAGGUAUCGACUACACAAGCUGGGGUGAUCUCAAGGUUUUGUUCCCCCCUUCACCCUAUUCUGUAGCCGAGGCGUGUAUCCGUCAACAUGGUUUGGCGGACAAUGGCAAUCACCAUGACGGUGUGUUUCCUGCUUGGUACGACUUUCACACAUUGGAUAGCGGACCACAACGUCCUAUGGCGAUUCCCUCUCACAUCCGAGGCCAUACUCGAGAGUAUCACUUACUAUUCUCUGCUAUCGGCUGCUCCGCCGUGGAUGGGGUGGGUAUACGUCGGUGUGGGCGCUUCUGCCCUACUCAGUUCAGGAGGCAGAGGCGUGAAAGGUUGGAGGGGAAUGAACGGUGAGAUGUUGUUUGAUGGGGGUAGUGUGGUAUUACUGGCUGCGAUCACCUAUACCCAGAUCUUCGAUGUGUUUCCAACCAUCUCCCUUCUUCCAUCCCCUCUUCCGCCCAAUGUCCAGGACCAUCCGACUUAUCCUGCGUUGGCCACAGCAGUGCGAGAUCUCGCCCUUGAUAAUGUCAUGACCGCCGUCAUGUUGACCGGUGUGAUGCUGCUUCAAGCUGGGAGAUACUACGCUAAACGCCCGUCUUCCUCCCCGGUAUCCCUGAUGGCAUCCGCCAAUAUCACCCCUCCACCCGACGUCCUCACUCCACCCCAAUCUAAACCCCCUUCGCCUCUAACAGAGAGGUCUGCUACACCUUUUAGGGAGCUCACCCGCCAAGUAGGGAUGGAAUUGCGUGAUCCGACUGUGAGCAGUCCGAAUAGGAGAAGGCAUCGCAAGAGAUGAGCUCUCCAUAUCAUCGAGGACAAGGGAGUCGCUGUCAGAAUCUCAGAAAAAAGCAAUGAUCAUACGACAGAUGCAUCUUGUCUGCUG